AUGAUGGCGGCAAGUAUAGACUCAAAUUAUAGCAGAAAAAGACAACGUCUCUUAUCGAACGGUUCAACAAAACCUGUGCUAACACCAAAGAAACAGCAUUUUGGUGAUCCCUUUGACAACGAGGUGAUCAAUUUAGACUCUGAGGAGGAGGAUUACGUCUUCAGCGACAAAUUCUCCAAUUUAAGCAACAGUGGUUGCAAUUUUCAAGAUCAAGUUUAUGGGCAAGAUCAAGACGAGGGGCAGGACCAAGACCCCAUGAGUCUGAAUAUUAUGGAUGAUCAUGGUGCUCUUCACAGAAAUGACACUUAUCCAAAUGAUCACAAUCUGUUUUUGCAGCAGAAAAACUAUUACAAUAAUUUGACCCAGUCGAGUGCAGAGUCGACUUCUGUUUACCCAUCUAGAAAUACCGGGCUUAACAUGAUCGAUGCCACUAUGGAAAACGCCGAUGGUGAUGACAAUAGUAAUAUCGGAAACAUGUAUGUCCAAGAGGGGAUUGAUGGAUUCAGCAACCAGUAUCAUCAAGCUAUUGUUGACAGUGAUGACCCUGCGAUUUUGGAGUAUGAACAAAACCAAAAUAUCUUGAGUAAUUAUGAUGAUGACACCAGUUACAACAAUUUCAUUCAAAGUUAUGAUAAUAACAAAACUGGAUCAUCAUCCCAUGUUAAUUUUUCAAAUUCCAUCAAUAGUAUUUUCAACAGGUUCCUUAAGAAAUCAAACUCAAUAUCUUCUCCAAAUCACAAUGUUAUAAUAAAUCCAAGGAAAAAGAAAACCAGGACAAAGUCACUACCUCAAUUGGCUUACACAAAGAUGACGUACUCCCCGGCCCUAGAUAACCACGAAGUUUCACUUAAGAUUGGGGAUAUCAAAGCCUCCUUCAUAAACCACAAUACCCAAAAUUAUACUGUCAAGCAACAACAACAACCAAACCUCUCACCAUUAUCGAGGAGGAAGUUUUCGUUUCAAGAACAAAUUAAUUCUUCAUCUAAUAACGGGUACUCAUCCCAUUCAAAAUCUUCUGUGACUACCAGUUCUUAUGAUGAUAGAUAUAACGACAAUUCAAGGUCGAAUACCAGAGAUGAUGAUUUCAACAUGUUAAGUAUCAAGAAUGAAGUCUAUGAUACCUCACUGGUUGAAGACGAAAAAUGCGACGAUGAUGACGGAUACUAUAUAGUCAAGAACGGUGCACCUUUUGCUAAUGGUCGAUUUAUCAUCAAGAAAUUAUUGGGUCAAGGUACAUUUGGUAAAGUUGUUAAAGCUUAUGAUAAAAAGACAAACUCUUAUGUUGCCAUCAAGAUUAUCAAAUCAAUCAAAAAGUACAGAGAGGCUUCCAAAAUUGAAUUGAGAGUCUUAACAAUGUUGAAGAAACAUGAUCCAACUAACAAGUUCCAGUGUAUUCAUUUGAGAGAAUGUUUUGACUAUAGGGACCACAUCUGUAUUGUAACGGAUUUGCUCAAGGUUUCCCUCUAUGACUUUAUGGAAAACAACCAAUUUUUGCCAUUUCCUGGUUCACACAUCCAGGCAAUGACCAAACAACUACUCAGAUCCGUUGCGUUUUUACAUGAUCUACAAUUGAUUCACACAGACCUAAAACCGGAAAAUAUCCUAUUGAAGGAUUCCUCUUAUCAGAAAAAACCGUAUACAAGACCAAAUGAUGGAGAAUCGUUCUAUCGUAAGAUUCUAAAGGACCCCAAAAUUUAUACCAUUGAUUUUGGGUCUGCCAUUUUCGAGGAUGAAUAUCAUUCUUCAAUAAUUUCAACUAGACAUUAUAGAGCACCGGAGAUUAUUUUAGGUGUUGGCUGGUCUUACCCCUGUGAUAUGUGGUCUGUUGGUGCUAUUCUUAUCGAAUUAUUAACCGGAGAAGCUUUAUUCAAAACCCAUGAAAAUGAACAACAUUUGGCAAUGAUGGAAAAAGUCACUAGUCAGCCGGUUGAUAAGGGGAUGGUUAGAAAGUGUCUAAACUUGUAUGGUACCAACAAGAAACAGUCGCAGGUUAAUAGCAGGUUUGAUACUUCAGUUGUAAAGGCCUUUUCAAAAAAGACCGGGCGACUCUUGUUCCCAAGAUCCGGAACAGAUCAAAAGCUAAUAAAUGAGGUGAACCAAUUGAAGACCAUUGAAGAAAUUGUUGAAGAGAAAGUUGGAUUCAAAUUCAACUUGGACUAUUCCCCCAUUGAAUCCAUGAAGAUGUUCAAGAUCAAAUCUUCUUCAUAUGACGAGUACAUCUUUUGGUUCUACUACAUUGAUUUGAUCAAACAAAUGCUGAUCUUUGAUCCUCAAAAGCGAAUCACCGCCAGGGAGGCCUUGAAUCAUAAAUGGUUCGAAUAUGGUAUUCUGGAUGACGGACUUUGA